AAAAGUCCAGAGAGUUGCAAACCUACUGGGCGGGGAAUCAAGGGUGUCUCCAGGGGCCCCCCGGGCUCAUCAGGUGCAGACAGGCGAGGACUUUGCUAAGCAAAUUCCCUGCACACACCCUACCCCACUUCAUCAUAUCUGGGGCCCCCACCCUGUUCUCUCAUUUGCCAUCCCUGCCAUGCCCGGCCUCGCUCUCCUGGGCCUCACGGCUCUCCUGGGCCUCACGGCUCUCUUGGACCAUGGGGAGGGCGCAACGUUGUGCUUGUCACAGCAGCUCAGGAUGCAGGGGGACUAUAUGCUGGGUGGGCUCUUCCCUCUGGGCUCUGCCGAGGGUACAGGUCUUGGCGACAGGCUGCAGCCCAAUGCUACCGUGUGCACCAGGUUCUCGUCUCUGGGCCUGCUCUGGGCACUGGCCGUGAAGAUGGCGGUGGAGGAGAUCAACAACGGGUCUGCCCUGCUGCCCGGGCUGCACCUGGGCUAUGACCUCUUUGACACGUGUUCAGAGCCCACGGUGGCCAUGAAGCCCAGCCUCAUGUUCAUGGCCAAAGCAGGCAGCUGCAACAUUGCCGCCUACUGCAAUUACACACAGUACCAGCCCCGCGUGCUGGCCGUCAUCGGGCCCCACUCAUCCGAGCUCGCCCUCGUCACCGGCAAGUUCUUCAGCUUCUUCCUUGUGCCUCAGGUCAGCUACGGCGCCAGCACCGACCGGCUGAGCAACCGGGAGAUCUUCCCGUCCUUCUUCCGCACGGUGCCCAGCGACCAAGUGCAGGUGGCGGCCAUGGUGGAGCUGCUGCAGGAGCUCGGAUGGAACUGGGUGGCGGCGGUGGGUAGUGACGACGAGUAUGGCCGGCAGGGCCUGAGCCUCUUCUCCGGCCUGGCCAACGCCAGGGGCAUCUGCAUCGCGCAUGAGGGCCUGGUGCCACUGCCACCAGGCAGCCUGCGGCUGGGCGCCCUACGGGGCCUGCUGCGCCAGGUGAACCAGAGCAGCGUGCAGGUGGUGGUGCUGUUCUCCUCCGCCCACGCGGCCCGCACCCUCUUCAGCUACAGCAUCCGCUGCAAGCUCUCACCCAAGGUGUGGGUGGCCAGUGAGGCCUGGCUGACCUCAGACCUGGUCAUGACGCUGCCCGGCAUGCCUGGGGUGGGCACCGUGCUGGGCUUCCUGCAGCAGGGCGCCCCGAUGCCGGAGUUCCCAUCCUACGUGCGGACCCGCCUGGCCCUGGCCGCUGACCCUGCCUUCUGCGCCUCGCUGGACGCUGAACAGCCAGGCCUGGAGGAGCACGUGGUGGGGCCACGCUGCCCCCAAUGUGACCACGUCACGCUAGAGAACCUAUCUGCGGGGCUGCUGCACCACCAGACCUUCGCUGCCUACGCGGCUGUGUAUGGCGUGGCCCAGGCCCUUCACAACACCCUGCGCUGCAAUGCCUCGGGCUGCCCCAGGCGGGAGCCUGUGCGGCCCUGGCAGGUAAGGCCGAGGAGCCCCCACCCUCCCGAGAGCGGGGGAAUUUCAGUGGGGAAUCUGGGCUGGCGGCAGCUCCGGCCGGCCGGGCCCGGCCCCACCCACCUGCUCCAACGCACCCGUCAGCUCCUAGAGAACAUGUACAACGUGAGCUUCCGUGCUCGCGGCCUGGCACUGCAGUUCGACGCCAGCGGGAACGUGAACGUGGAUUACGACCUGAAACUGUGGGUGUGGCAGGACCCGACGCCCAAGCUGCGCACCGUAGGCACCUUCAAGGGCCGCCUGGAGCUCUGGCGCUCUCAGAUGUGCUGGCACACGCCGGGGAAGCAGGUGAGCACUGGGUGGCCGGUCCCCAGCUGCACAGCAGCUUUCCCCUCAGCCGGGAGAGAGCUCUGGCCCUGCCUGGGGCGCAGUGGGGGACCGUCCGCGGGUCCUGGGCGGGGGGUGCACCAAGCUGAGCACAGCCCGAGCCCCGAGGCCCUAUGCCAGCAGCCCGUGUCCCAGUGCUCCCGGCAGUGCAAGGAGGGCCAGGUGCGCCGCGUGAAGGGCUUCCACUCUUGCUGUUACGACUGCGUGGACUGCAAGGCGGGCAGUUAUCAGCGCAACCCAGAUGACCUCCUCUGCACCCAGUGUGACCAGGACCAGUGGUCCCCAGACCGGAGCACACGCUGCUUCCCCCGCAAGCCCAUGUUCCUGGCAUGGGGGGAGCCAGCUGUGCUGCUACUGCUCGCGCUGCUGGCGCUGGCGCUGGGCCUGGCGCUGGCGGCCCUGGGGCUCUUCCUCUGGCACUCGGACAGCCCGCUGGUUCAGGCCUCAGGUGGGCCACGGGCCUGCUUUGGCCUGGCCUGCCUGGGCCUGGUCUGCCUCAGUGUCCUCCUGUUCCCUGGCCAGCCAGGCCCUGCCAGUUGCCUGGCCCAGCAGCCACUGUUCCACCUCCCACUCACUGGCUGCCUGAGCACGCUUUUCCUGCAAGCGGCCGAGAUAUUUGUGGGGUCGGAGCUGCCACCAAGCUGGGCUGAGAAGAUGCGUGGCCACCUGCGGGGGCCCUGGGCCUGGCUGGUGGUGCUGCUUGCUAUGCUGGCAGAAGCCGCAUUGUGUGCCUGGUACCUGGUAGCCUUCCCGCCAGAGGUGGUGACGGACUGGCGGGUACUGCCCACAGAGGCGCUGGUGCACUGCCACGUGCACUCCUGGAUCAGCUUCGGCCUGGUGCAUGCCACUAACGCCAUGCUGGCCUUCCUCUGCUUCCUGGGCACUUUCCUGGUGCAGAGCCGGCCAGGCCGCUACAAUGGUGCCCGCGGCCUCACCUUUGCCAUGCUGGCCUACUUCAUCACCUGGAUCUCCUUUGUGCCCCUCUUUGCCAAUGUGCACGUGGCCUACCAGCCUGCCGUGCAGAUGGGCGCCAUCCUCCUCUGUGCCCUGGGUAUCCUAGCCACCUUCCACCUGCCCAAGUGCUACCUGCUGCUGCAGCGGCCGGAGCUCAACACCCCUGAGUUCUUCCUGGAAGACAAUGCCAGAGCACAGGGCAGCAGUUGGGGGCAGGGGAGGCGAGAAUCGGGGCAAAAACAAGUGACACCUGAUCCAGUGACCUCACCGCAGUGAGCCUACUAGACUUAGUUGAGAUGCCCCCAAACUGAGUUCUUAUGAAGCAACCCAGACAGUACCUCAACUGCUGAGACCACCCCCAGUUCUAGAUCUUGACAGCAGGCGGACUGCUGACCUGGAUGCCACAAUGAUCCUUGGGCCUGCAGCACUCAGGAAGGUCCUCAGCACCCACCUGGGGCCCCAGAGAGACUCUGCCCCUGUCCCAGCCAAGCCCUGGCCAGGGCCUACCCAGGUGAUCCAGCCCCACUGUUCCAGAAUAAAGCCAACAAAAGUUUCCUCGGGGCUCCUUAGCUCAGGCCAAGAGCUCAGGAAGGCCCCUAGCCAGACCACCUGAAGGCCAAGCUGGGCAUCAUUUGCCUGGCCAGGCCCACCCUGGAGACCCCAGCCAGCACCUCAAGCAUCACAGGGGUGGGAGGUUGGUGGGUGGUGGUCAGCUGUGCUGACUCCUCCGCAGAGGCAUGUGACAGACCGUGGUUCCCAGAGUGGUGCAGGAAUAGUGAGCAGGGCAGAAGCCCAUUUAGUGGGGGAGGGAGACACCCAAACUCUUCCCCUCCCUGGCCCAACCCAAGCGGGUAAAAUGGGGUCAGCCGCCACCAGCACCGUGGACAGAGCCCAGGCAGGGUGGUGGUGGGACUCAGCACCAAGGCCAGCACCCACGACGAAGACCCCUGGAGCCGGGAGGCAGCACCACGGACAGAACACCAGCCACCAGGACGCUGCUGGCAGCCAGCACCGGGGACAGAGCCUUGUGGCUGACCGGGAACCCAGAGCGCAGCACCUGGCCAGUCCU